AGAAAUGAAUAAAUAAAAUAUUCAUCGGUGUAAAAAAAAUGUAUAGAAUUAACACUUUAAAAUAAUUGUUCUUAAUAGAAUUUCGAAAAACGUGACGGAGGAUUUUUUGCUGUAAGAUUUUUUUUCUAUGUUUUUUUCUACGAAAAGUAAUGCAUUGGCGAAAAAAGAAAUGAGAGCAAUCUUUUUAACAUUACCGCAAACAAAUCUCACAGCAAAUCAACUCUAGCGUAAAAGAAGAUUUCGCGCUCCACUGCUCUAAUGUUUCCGCUGCCCUUGCGACUUUUCGCCAAACGUCACUGCAGUCGAACACCAUCACGUAGAAAGAUUAGAAAAAAAAAAAAUUAUCCAUCCACGUACACACAUAUCCAUCCAUCCACACAUACAAACACGAGUACAACUCACGAAUCACCUUUUUUUUUCCUGUUUUUUUUUUAGCGUACUUGUAUCUCUUUAUUUGCGACAAACCUUAUUUUAAGGCUUCCCUUACGAAGUUGGCGAAAAAACGAUCGCUUCUGUUGGCGAUGUCUUUGGCGCGGCAUACUAUCAUGAAGAGAAAUAUUUUCAGUUUCAGAAUUCGGUGGAUACGCUAGCAAGGAAGGGUCACGUGUGAUUCGUUCCUGUUUUUCCGAAGUGUCGGCAAAAUGUGAGGAUGACAGGUGUGCGUGUGUGCCAAAAACGGAUGUGUACGGAAGUUUUCAACCUGUGUUUGUGCCUCAUUGGAUUAAGUGAACUGUUUUUUUUUCGUGUGUUGCAAAAGGAUUUCGUUAUUAAUUUAUUUGUGUACUGAAAAUAAUUUGAAUUUCUACUUCUAAAUUAUGAUAAUUAAGGCAGGUGGAAUAAUCAUGAAUAAAUCGACGAGGUUGAAGAUUACGGAUUUAAAUCCACAUCUCUCCUGUAUACUCUGCGGCGGAUAUUUUAUCGAUGCCACCACCAUCACUGAAUGUGUACAUUCCUUUUGCCGUGCUUGCAUUGUUCGUUAUCUGGAAACAAGCAAGUAUUGUCCUGUUUGUGAAGUGCAAGUUCAUAAAUCUCGGCCUCUACAUUAUAUCAGGUCGGAUAAAACUUUGCAAGAUAUAGUUUAUAAACUUGUUCCGGGAUUGUUUCACAAUGAAAUGAAAAGAAGAAGAGAGCUGUAUGCAUCCCAACCUCCUGAAGCCAUAAAAGAGUCGAGAGAUGCUGAGGACAGAGGUGAAUGCCUGGAUGAAAAAUUUAUCUACGCUCCAGAGGAGAUUUUCAGUCUUUCUAUAGAAUAUGGGUGUGAAGUUGAGAGUCAAAAUGAUUCUACUGAAAAGGAUAAUAGUGUGCCAAAAAGGCGUUUCCUAAGAUGUCCCGCUGCUGUUACUGUAGCUCAUUUGAAAAAAUUUAUAAGAAUGAAAUACGGAAUUCCCUAUUCUUAUGAUAUUGAUCUGUCAUACGAUAUGGAAUCCCUCCAGGAUGAUUAUACUUUGAUGGACGUUGCUUAUAUAUUUCUUUGGAAGAGGAAUGGACCGAUGAGAUUUUUCUACAGAAUCUUAGAGCACCCUCCGAAAAUGAAAGCCGAGACACAACAAGGUGAGGAAGUUGAAUUGAAAUCAGAAAGUUCUCUUCAGUCUUUAGAAAACGACGACGAUGUUUGCGAAGAAGAGUGUCCUCCUUCGCACAGUAUCUUGGCUUCGAAGGAAGAGAAAAAAUCCGAUAAAGUCAACGCCAAAUUCACUUGCAAUAAUACAGAUCAAAAAAUUGAAAUCUCCGAGCAAAAGAUAGAAGACAUCGAUUCAAAGAAUGAAGAAAAAUCCUCGUUGUCCAGUCCGAUUUCUAAAAAAGAACUCAAAACAACGAUAGCAAAAUUUUUACCUGCAUCAGGAUCCAAAAGCACAUCGUCCGACAGCAAGCCUGCUGUGAUGACUGUUGCUCCUCUAACAAAACCAUCUUCCUCGCAACCUACAACAAGUACAACAUCAUCGAAUGGCACGAUCACCCAUGGACUGUAUACUGGAAUAUCCAUCAAAAUAUCACCACCGAAUACUUCGCCACCCUUUAAGAUAUCUUCUCACCUGUUACCCCCUAGGGUUCCACCUUUGAAAUUGUCACCCCCCAGAUUUUCACGUCUUGAAAACUGCAUUCGACAGUUAUCGCCCAAAGAAUCCUCCAAGAAAUCAUCAUCGCAAGGAAAGAAAUCCAAGUCCUCAAAGGGGUCGUGUGAUAAGUUGGAAUCCAAAGUGGCGCAAUUGAAAUCGGCAUCCAUCAAAUGUGUGGCACCCCUUGUUAUAAGUGUUCCUCCUGAAAUCAAAACGGAACUCCGGAAAGAAAAUCAUCAAGCCGCCUCCAGUUCAGAGAAGAAGGAUUCGAAACCUGCAGUGGAAGAACCAGCGGCUGCUAAAGAAUACAAAAUUGUGCAAGAGGAUGACAAAAUGGAUUUGGACCUAUUCGAAGGUCCUCUCGUGAUUGCCGAACCCGAUGUCCCCGUUAAAGAGGACUCGGAGAGUUCCGAAGACAAGCCGAAGGAAGAAGACGACUCUAAGCACGUAGAUACAGAAGAUGAAGAAAUAGAUGUCGUGGAUGAUGUCGACAGCGGAAGAGGAAGUGACAGAACUGAGGCUCGAUCAUUGUCUGGUGAUGACGAUUUGGGAUCACCAACAGAUUCUGUUCCAAAAACGGCGGAACCUCAAAAAUCCAUUCAAAAUGACUCGGAAGAGGAACCGAAGGCAAAGAUUCCGAGAUGUAACGGCGUUACUCCAGUGAACGGUACUGUGUCUAGUACAAGCAACGACAGUGGUGUGUUAGAUCUCUCACCGUGCAAUAGGAAAAGGAGCCAUGACGGUGACAUGCCUGUUCAUCGUUCCAAGCAGGUCGCCAACCCAGCCGUCUUAGACAAAACUCGCCAAACUACUCCGUGUCGACUGCCGGAUCAUUCGUCAUUCAAAGUAUUAUCCGCUGUGCUUCCUCACGUUGGCAUCUACAAAAACAAAUCAGAUAAUCAUGGACGCAACUUCAAGUGCCGAGGAAAUACCCUUACUGUGAUAAAUCCGGACCCGAACGGCAACAGACCUAAGAUAGUGAUUAAGAAUUUAGGUCCCAGAAUAGAACGAUUUCAUCACCAUCAUAGUCAUCACCAUCACCAUCAAAGAAUGUAAAAAUAAGAUUGUUGUAUCUUCUUAGUACUAUUAUUUAGAAUACCUAGUGAAUUUAUUAAAUGCUAUGCUUUGUGAGGAAAAACCGAAUUUCUUCGUUAAACAAAUCCUGGGUUAAAACGUACCUUUUUAACAUAUAAAAACAUUUUCGUUUAUAAAUUACAGUCGGUCCUCUAUUUAACGAAGUCACUGAAUCUCGAUAAUAAGUUCGUUUUAUGGAAAAUUCGUUAAAUAGAAAAUCACCAUUUGAAAUACUUAAAGAACACAAAACAGGUCUUAAAUUAAUUAACACUGGACAUAAUUGAAAUAGCAAUGGAUGCACCUUCAUCUUCUAAACUAGUAUCUACUAUUUAUUUUAUUAAUCUUAAAACCAUAACAGAAAUCUGCAGAGAAAGCAAGAAUAGAGCAAAACAUUUUCCAGUGUUAUACUAUCAUGCUACAUACAUUUUCAACUAAAUUUAUGUAUUAAAUUAUAGCCGCAUUUAUUAUAUAAGUAACUUUAAGCAUACGUUACCACAUGCGAUCUUAGGUUUAAUUGCUACUGAUAGAAUCCAUUGAUUUUGUCUGAGUUUUUCGUUCGUAAAUACUGCUUUCUCUAAAUGGCUGCGAAAAUCAAUUCAAAGCUCAUUUCCACCAUAAAAUGCGUUAUCAAGUGUGUAAUAUUUUGAGAAAUAGAGAAAGUGGAUCUCAAAGAAAGGUUCGUUAAAUAGGAAACUAACUUCUCUAUUUGGAAGUUAUUUUACGAAGAAAUUUCCAAAAUAUUCUUCGUUCCUCGAAAAAAUUCGCAAAAUAGAGAAAUUCGUUAAAUAGAAGUCCGACUGUAUUAAAAAUUAAGUAAAAUAUUUCUUUAAGAGUCGCAUGAA